GCUGCGCGCGCCCGGUGGGCGUGGGAGGAGGCGUGGAAACAGGGAGGAGGCGGGUGUCGCGGGAGGGAAGGAGCGAACCGGAGAGCGUCGUCCUGAGGAGGAGUGAAGGCGGCAAAAUGGCGGACCGCUUCUCCCGCUUCAACGAGGACAGAGACUUUCAGGGUAAUCACUUUGAUCAGUACGAAGAAGGACACUUGGAGAUUGAGCAAGCGUCCCUUGACAAGCCUAUAGAAUCGGAUAAUAUUGGACACCGCUUACUCCAGAAACAUGGGUGGAAGCUGGGCCAGGGAUUGGGAAAAUCUCUUCAGGGGAGAACAGAUCCUAUUCCAAUCGUUGUCAAGUAUGAUGUCAUGGGCAUGGGUCGAAUGGAAAUGGAGCUGGAUUAUGCCGAAGAUGCUACCGAACGGCGCCGUGUCCUAGAAGUAGAAAAAGAAGACACAGAAGAGCUGAGACAGAAGUACAAGGAUUAUGUUGACAAAGAAAAGGCAAUUGCAAAAGCCUUAGAAGAUCUCAGAGCCAACUUUUACUGUGAACUUUGUGAUAAACAGUAUCAGAAACAUCAGGAAUUUGACAACCACAUCAACUCUUAUGAUCAUGCACACAAACAGAGAUUAAAAGAUCUGAAGCAAAGAGAGUUUGCCCGAAAUGUCUCUUCAAGAUCCCGCAAAGAUGAGAAGAAGCAAGAAAAAGCCCUUCGGCGGCUCCAUGAGUUGGCAGAGCAAAGGAAACAAGCUGAAUGUGCACCUGGAAGUGGGCCCAUGUUCCGACCAACCACAGUGGCUGUGGACGAAGAUGGUGGAGAGGAGGAUAAAGACGAGUCAUCAACCAACAGUGGUGCGAGUGCCAUUUCCUCCUGUGGCUUUGGAUCUGACUUCUCCACAGAGAAAGGGGGCCCCUUCACGUCAGUACAGAUCACUAAUAGCACUGGACUGUCGCAGGCUUCUGGGUUAGCCUCGCAAGGUAUCAGCUUUGGCAUUAAGAAUAAUCUGGGACCCCCACUGCAGAAAUUGGGAGUGUCGUUUUCCUUUGCCAAGAAAGCUCCUGUCAAACUUGAAUCAAUAGCAUCCGUUUUCAAGGACCAUGCAGAAGAGGGGACCUCUGAGGAAGGAACAAAGGCUGAAGAGAAGAGUUCUGACCAAGGGGUGCAGAAGGUGGGAGAGACUGAUGGUGGUGGUAAUCUUGAUGGAAAGAAAGAAGAUGAAGACCCUCAGGAUGGAGGGUCCCUUGCCUCAACACUGUCCAAGUUGAAAAGGAUGAAGAGGGAAGAAGGAACAGGGGCUACAGAGCCAGAAUAUUACCACUACAUCCCCCCAGCACACUGCAAGGUCAAACCGAACUUCCCCUUCUUACUCUUUAUGAGAGCCAGUGAGCAAAUGGAAGGUGACCACAGUACGCACUCAAAGAAUGCUCCAGAGAACAGAAAGGGCAGCUCUCCCAAGCCUAAAGGUUGCAGUAAGGCAGCAGCAAGCCAAGGAGCAGAAAAAACAGUUAGUGACGUUUCUGAGCCGCAAAAGGAAGCCACUGUGGUUGGGCCUUCCGAGCCUGGAGGCAAAACUGAAACAAAGAAAGGCUCAGGAGAGGGUGAAGGUGAGCAAAGUGUGGAGAGUCUUAGAGAGAGCUCAGAGAGCCAGAUGUGUGAAUCCGAUCCUAAAGAAAUUUCUCAGGCCACCCCAGCAACAAAAGCAGGCCAGGGACCCAAGCAUCCUACCGGCCCGUUCUUCCCAGUUCUGAGCAAGGACGAAAGCACUGCCCUGCAGUGGCCAUCAGAACUGCUCAUCUUCACCAAAGCAGAGCCUCCCAUUUCCUACAGCUGCAACCCUUUAUACUUUGACUUUAAACUUUCAAGAAACAAAGAUGCUAAAGCUAAAGGGACAGAGAAGCCAAAAGAUGUCGGAGACUCCUCAAAGGGUCAUCUCCAGAGCCCUGAUCCUAGAGAACCGAACAAAAGCAAGGAGGGGGAGCAGAGUGUAGUGCUCUCAGAAGGCAGAGUGGAUGAACCUGCUUCAGGGGCUGCCUGUAGCAGCCAGACCAAGCAGGAGCCUGGGGGUAGCCAUGCAUCAGAAACUGAAGACACCGGAAGAAGCCAUCCUAACAAGAAAGAACCAUCAGGCAAGUCUCACAGACACAAAAAGAAAAAGAAACACAAAAAGUCCAGUAAGCACAAACGUAGACACAAGGCUGACAUGGAGGAAAAGAGUUCAAAGGCAGAGUCUGGGGAAAAAUCUAAGAAGCGCAAGAAACGAAAAAGGAAGAAGAACAAAUCGGCCCCAGCUGAUUCUGAACGAGGACCCAAACCAGAGCCUCCUGGAAGUGGCAGCCCUGCACCACCAAGAAGACGGCGCCGAGCUCGAGAUGACUCCCAGCGGAGAUCCCUUCCUGCUGAAGAAGGAAACAGUGGCAAGAAGGACGAUGGUGGAGCUGGCAGUGGUUCCCAAGAUCACAGUGGCAGGAAACACAAAGGUGAACCGCCAGCCUCCUCCUGCCAGCGGAGAACUAGCGCCAAACAGAGCAGCCGGUCCAGCCAUCGGAGCCAGCCCAGCAGUGGAGAUGAGGAUAGCGAUAACGCUUCUUCACACAGACCGCACCAGAAGUCUCCAUCCCAGUACAGUGAGGAGGAAGAAGAGGAGGAAGAGGAGGAGGAGGAGGAGGAGGAAGAGGAGGAAGAAGAAGACGAAGACUCGGGUAGUGAGCAUUCUCGUAGCCGCUCUCGAUCUGGCCGUCGCCAUUCCUCACAUCGUUCUUCCCGGCGGUCUUAUUCAAGCAGCUCUGACGCUUCUUCAGACCAGAGCUGCUAUAGUAGACAGCACAGUUACUCUGAUGAUAGCUAUAGUGACUACAGUGACCGAUCAAGAAGGCACUCUAAGCGCUCUCAUGAUUCAGAUGAUUCAGACUAUGCCAGCUCCAAACACAGGUCCAAACGACACAAAUACUCAUCAUCUGAUGAUGACUAUAGCCUCAGUUGCAGCCAGUCCCGAAGCCGGUCUCGGAGUCAUACAAGGGAGCGAUCAAGAUCCCGGGGUCGAAGCCGCAGUAGCAGCUGUAGUCGCAGUCGAAGCAAGAGGAGAAGUCGCAGCACCACAGCCCACAGCUGGCAGCGAAGCCGAAGCUACAGCCGAGACCGGAGCCGCAGCACCAGGAGCCCUUCUCAGAGAUCAGGUUCCAGAAAGGGGUCCUGGGGUCACGAGAGCCCCGAGGAAAGGCGCUCUGGCCGUCGGGAUUUCAUUCGUUCAAAGAUUUACCGCUCUCAGUCUCCCCACUAUUUCCGAUCAGGUCGGGGAGAAGGUCAUGGGAAGAAAGAAGAUGGCAGAGGAGAGGACAGUAAAGGAGCAGGCCUGCCCUCCCAGAAUAGCAACGCUGGCGGCACAGGAAGAGGGUCAGAAAGUGACUGCAGCCCCGAAGAUAAGAACUCUGUUACUGCCAGACUGCUGCUAGAGAAGAUCCAGUCCAGGAAAGUGGAGAGGAAACCCAAUGUGUGUGAGGAGGUGCUGGCCACCCCUAAUAAGGCUGGACUCAAGUAUAAGAACCCCCCACAAGGUUACUUCGGGCCUAAGCUCCCCCCGUCUCUUGGUACUAAGCCUGUUCUUCCAAUGAUAGGAAAGCUUCCAGCUACUCGGAAGUCCAGUAAGAAAUGUGAAGACUCUGCCUUGGAAAGGGGUGAAGAGCAGGAGCAUUCAGAGCCAGAAGAAGGGUCCCCAAGGAGCAGGGAUGCUCCACUUGGGCAUCAGUUCUCCUCAGAGGACACAGCUGGUCCCUUAUCAGACCCUCCCCCAGAAGAGCCAAAGUCUGAAGAAGCUACUGCUGAUCACUCUGUGGCUCCACUGGGCACCCCAGCACACACUGACUACCCUGGGGAUCCAGCCAUCUCCCAUAACUACCUCCCUGACCCCAGUGAUGGGGAUGCUCUGGAGUCUCUGGAUAGCGGCAGUCAGCCAGGCCCUGUGGAGUCCAACUUGCUGCCUAUAGCCCCAGACCUUGAGCACUUCCCCAGUUAUGCACCUCCCAGUGGGGAGCCUAGCAUUGAGUCAACAGACGGGACUGAGGACGCUUCCUUGGCUCCUCUAGAGAGCCAGCCCAUCACCUUCACCCCUGAGGAGAUGGAGAAGUACAGCAAGCUCCAGCAGGCCGCACAGCAGCACAUCCAGCAGCAACUUCUGGCCAAACAAGUAAAGGCCUUUCCAGCCUCAACAGCCCUAGCCCCAGCCACACCAGCCCUGCAGCCCAUCCACAUUCAGCAGCCGGCCACAGCCUCUGCCACCUCCAUCACAACUGUUCAGCACGCCAUCCUACAGCAUCAUGCUGCAGCUGCUGCCGCUGCCAUCGGCAUCCACCCCCACCCCCACCCCCAGCCACUUGCCCAAGUGCAUCACAUUCCCCAGCCCCACCUGACCCCGAUUUCCUUGUCCCAUCUCACUCACUCAAUUAUCCCUGGCCACCCUGCCACCUUUCUUGCUAGCCACCCUAUCCAUAUAAUCCCUGCUUCAGCCAUCCAUCCUGGGCCCUUCACCUUUCACCCCGUCCCACAUGCUGCCCUCUACCCUACCCUGCUCGCGCCACGGCCUGCUGCAGCAGCUGCCACUGCCCUCCAUCUUCACCCACUACUUCACCCCAUCUUCUCAGGUCAGGACCUGCAGCACCCUCCCAGCCAUGGGACUUGAGCUGGGAGUCGGAAGCCUAUGUUGAGCCAGGGAAGGUGACCUAUUCUUCCCUUGGGGGUGUAGAGCCAUUUAUACCAGCAAGUAAAAGCUGGAACAGGCAGUGUCUUGACAGCCAAAGAAAUGAGUUUUGGCUUGCAGGGAUGGAUUUAGAUUUGAGGUUUGCUUUGGGUUUACUAUCAGGGAUAUCACCCCCCCCCUUUCUAUCCCUCCCUCCCUCCCUCCCGUGUUUCUAAGCUAGGGAACACCAGUAAGAGCUGCCCACAGCCCUCUGCAGCAGUCUCCAGACUGUCAGUAAUCCUCCUCCUCUACUUUCUGAUCCUCUGCACUUACCCUCUGUGAGUUCAGAACAUUUCCCUCCUCUAAAGGGUUGUCACCAAAGCACUUGCCAUGGGCCCAUCUGGUCCUGCCUUCUCAGUGCCACGAGGAAGGCCGGACUGUCUCUCCAGUGGUGAAAACUCCACUUUUCGGCAGUGUCUUUGACUAUCCUUUGUGACACGUUAUCCCAGGUGAGGUGGAGGAGGGGGUCUAACCUAGAACCAAAAGCAACUCAGGCUGCGAUCGAUCCCCUUCCUUACAGACAGCCAUGCAUUUGGCACUACUGUCCUUAUGCCCUUCACCCAGAAGGGGCAUCUACAUAUCCCAGAAAAGAAGAUCCUAUCGUGAGUAGAAGCUAUGCUGAACAUAGGGUCACCCAUGUGCUUCCCAGAAAGGAGCUCGUGUCUGAAGGGUAUACUUUCUUCUGUUAUGUUGAUGUUUUCUUUUUAAUUUAUAGGAUUUUUUAAUGUAAAAUUGCACUGAACUCUAUAAACGUAAAUGCUGCUUUUUGUAGCUCAUAUUAAGAAGGUUCCGUAUUUGUAGUAUACUGCAAUAAUAUUUUUUACAUCAGCUCUUUAAGUGAUCCUUGUUCUGGUGGCUUUCUGUAAAUAUGUUUGCCCUAGUUGAAUUAAGAAACUUUAAAGGUUAUAAAAUAAAAAGAAAAAAUAAAGUAUUUGUUUUCUGCUAGAUGCAAAAAUGA